ACAGUUUCACGCGCACAGGCAUUCUCUCACAGACGCGCGCGCAGAUGCGGGCAAUGGGUGCGCAGAAUAUUUUAGCGCGUAUUAAUAUAUAACCUUUAAAUGCGUAUAAGCCUUUCUUAAAAUAUACUCUAAGUGCAAUAUCGUUAAUAAACAGUUUUAAAUUGGUUUAGAAACCUAUAUUCCUACCGAUUCUCGCGGGGCAAUGGAUUUACAGAAAAUGAAUGAAACUCAGAUCCCGUUUUGGGGAUGUUCAAGAACUCCAGACAAUUCGAGCUUGAACAGCUCAGCGUUGGAAGUUAACGCCACCUGUAGCAAUGCGUCAAUAAUUCAGAAAUUCAAACCCACACGACCAAAAGAAAUGGACUCAGUGAGGAUUAUUCUUUACUCACUUGUCUUUCUCCUGAGUGUUUUUGGGAACCUGCUGAUCAUUGUGGUCCUAAUAGUAAACAAGAGAAUGCGGACCGUCACCAACUCCUUCCUGCUCUCGCUGGCUGUUAGUGAUCUCAUGAUGGCCAUCUUCUGCAUGCCCUUUAAUCUCAUCCCCAGCCUGCUGGAGGACUUCAUCUUUGGAGCAGCAAUGUGCAAGACAGUCGCCUAUUUCAUGGGUAUAUCUGUCAGCAUCUCCACCUUCAGUCUGGUGGCCAUUGCCAUUGAAAGAUACAGUGCCAUUUGCAACCCGCUGAAGUCCAGGGCAUGGCAGACCCGUUCUCAUGCCUACAAGGUCAUCGCUGCCACAUGGGCACUAUCUGUGGGUAUCAUGGUGCCCUAUCCUGUGUUUAGUAUACUGGUGCCAUUCAACAAGCCAAACAACAUCACGGCUCACAUGUGCAGGCUUGACUGGCCCAUCAGCCAGGUGGAACAGAGUUGGUACGUCUUGUUGCUCUUAAUUCUAUUCUUCAUCCCAGGUCUGGUGAUGAUAAUCGCCUACGGUCUCAUAUCCAGAGAACUUUACAGAGGGAUUCAGUUUGAAAUGGAGCAGAAGAAAGAAUCUAGUGGUGUAAAGAAUGGGUUGAAUGGAGCACUGUCUUCUGGCCAUGAUGAGAGCGAUGGAUGUUAUAUCCAAGUCCCAAAGAAGCCCCCUGCUAUGGAACUUUCUGCUCUGACCACCUCUGGCACGGUCAAGGCAGACCGUCCACGGAGCAACACCUCAGAGGCAAAGCUCAUUGCCAAAAAACGAGUGAUCCGAAUGCUGAUCAUUAUAGUUGCCAUGUUCUUCAUAUGCUGGAUGCCUCUAUACUCUGCCAACACCUGGAAGGCUUUCGACCAAAAGUCAGCCCAGCGUGCACUUUCCGGAGCUCCCAUCUCCUUCAUUCAGCUGCUGUCCUAUACCUCAGCUUGCGUCAACCCCAUCAUCUACUGCUUCAUGAACACCCGCUUCCGGAAGGCUCUCUUGGCCACCUUUGGGUGUUGCAGGCGCCCGUGCCUCAACCGGAGGAAGAGGAGGGAAGGUGAUGAUGAGAUCACUGGAGUCACAGGGGCGUCCAUAACAAAGUUCAGUUAUACCACCGUUAGCACGGUAGGACCGUGUUAGCAUUAGCAUUGCAGGCAUCUCCAGUUUGAUCCAUGAGCUGUGUGCUUGUGACAUGUACUGAGUUCAGAUCACCAGAUGUGUUCUUCUUUUUCAUGGUGUCAACAUUCUUUGUUCAAUGUGUCAGUGUUCAUUUUUAUUUGGAAAAGAAUACCUCAUUUGUCUGUUCUCUCUGCCCAAAGUUGGUGUGUUAGUGGUAAACUGUCUGGCUGUGUCUUCAAUUUAAAGCAUUGUGAUACAAUCAAAAGGUGUGGUGCACAGGACGCGCAAAGAUGUAGCUAUAUUUUUUAUUGUGUAAGACUUUUCAGAGGAUGAUCUUAUCAUGCAUGGGAAGUGGUCAUAGAGAAAUACCAUAGAAAUAUUCUUGUAUCUUUGAUGUUAUAGAACCAAAUAUUGCAUGUUGCAUGAUCAAACACAAGACUAAUCUUGUAGAUAGCAGCUUUCCGGCUACAAAAUGGUACAUUUUCUUGUCUAUUUUGAGUGUUGUGAUGUAUCAUCUGUAUUUUGUUCUCUGUUUGUUCUAUGAUGGUAUCUUUGUCUUAAUGAGCUUUGCUUAAAUGACACAACUGAGAGUCCUUCUUUUGUAUAUUCUGAUAAUAACAUCAGAUGGUUUUGUAGGAGACAAUGUUUAAUUUGUGCUCCUUCUUUUCUGAUGCACAUCUCCUACAAGUUAUCCUACAUGAAGAUGUAUCAGGUGGGCAAGGCAAUUCAGUCAUCAACGGAAUCAACGGUCUCUUGGAAAUCUUCACCCCAGUUGAAGUGAUGCCAUGGUCAAUACUGCCAAGCUGCAUGACAGGUUGGAAUUUUAAUGCCCUGGCACUGGAGAUAAUGAUUUACAUGGAAAAUAAUAAACUGCGGAGGGAAGUUUGAUGUGAUUGCCUUGGAGGCACUAAUGUUCUAAUAGACAUAGUCUAUCUCAAAUUGCAAUUGCUCUAAUCGAUUUCUUCCUUAUUGCUGAAGCUGAUGAGACACCUGGGAUAUUCGGCUUCUCGCCUUGCCCCAGCAAACCCUCUCUGAAUAUAUGAAAGGAUAGCUAAGCUCUUGUUUGUGCUGAAAUUAAUCUAUUCAGCGGUUCAUGCUAAACAUGAAAGCUGGAUCAUCCACAAAAGGAUGGAGCGCAUAUGAGAUGUUUGUGUGCUUAUACUUGCUUCAUCUUGUUAUCCACUGGAUUAUUGAAAUGCCUGAAUGCCCAUAUUUUUCACUGUAAAAUUGUUGUAUUGGCAGCAGGGUUAUUACAGUUAACUACAACCUAAAACAGAAAUGAAAAAUAAAACCCUUAAACACAGUUUUGUCACUUAAAAAAAUUAUGCUAACUGAAAUAAACAUUUUAAUUUCAAGGCAACAUUUCUCAUUUUAAUUUUGUUUAACCUGAUGUACUAAAAUGACUAAAACUGGAAUAAAAACCAUACAGACAUAAUAAAAAACCUCUUCCAAAAACUACAAAAACACACCAAAAAUUACCAAAACUUUACAACAAAAAUGAAAACAGAAUAAUAUAAAAUAUAUUCAAAAUAUCACUGUAAUAAUAAUGCAGUUGAUGGCAGUUGUCAAAAAUGUAUUUAUUUAAUCAAUGUUGAAAAAUAUUCUUAUAAUUCAAACUAUACAUUUAUGAUUGAUGAUAAAAUGUAUCAAUUAGAAACCACACAUUAGAAAAAAGUCAUUUGUUAUGCUAAGAAUAAUUUAUUUCUGAGUAAAAAAAAAAAAAGUAGCCUGUAUAGGUAUAUGCCCAGCUGGCAAACAAGAGGUCCAAAACAGUGUAUUUUUGCAGGCCUAUUGAAAUGGUUGUUGUUUUUCAAAUGGUUUUGCGAAUGAAAUGAUACACUUUACUCUUUACACUUUACUAGAAUUAUGUAGAAGAAGAGAGCUGUAUGGUGGCCAAACGCCCCUUUUAUUUGAAUUAUCUGGAUUCAUCAGCAUUAGAUUGCAGGUCAGAACCAAUUUACUUAUAUGUGUACCUUUAUCUGCCUACAUAAAAAUGAAAAAAGCAUAAAAUUAUUAAUGAAAGAUGCAAUCUCUCUCUCUAUGUUUCGCCUUUCUUCCCACCUCCUCCAUGCCUUUGGGGGUCAGCACCAGAAUUCAUAGCUUCAUAAUUUGUUUAUGUGCCCCCCGGGAUAUACAGUGAACAAAUACUCCAGUACUCCCGCCCUUCUUACCUCUUUUCUUUCUGUCUGCUUCUCUCUCUUGAUUAUUACUCCCUUCUUGCAAUUUUUUCAUUUCAUCGGUCAGUUUUCCCUCUCUCCAUUUACUCUAAAGGACCACCUGGGUAUGUGGCAGACCUAUUUCAAACUAGAGUCUUGGGGAUAAACAGGAAGUGUUAUUUCUCACUCAGACACACAACCUGUUUGCUAAGUAGCUGCUGUUAUUGCUCUUGGUGUCAGUGAUAUCUGCCAAAAGUGACACAGAAAGUUGAGCUGGUUCUUCUUGCAGGUUUGUUUUGCUUGGGUACAUGAUAUAUAACAUAAGUCUGACCAUUAAUCUCAAAUCGCUACAACAGAGAAUAUGGAACCUGUUUCCAAGACAACCAUUCAUACAUUCAAAGAGGGUUUGAUUCGGACUGAACGCAACAAAGUAACAAAUAGAAAUUGAUUGAAAUGAAAGCUACCUGAAUAAAUAAAUAACAGAAAAGCAAAGAAUGACAUAGAAAUAGCCUUAGAUAAUCAUGCAAAUAACAAAGAACUACAUUCAGAGAUUCAUCUGUUAUCAAGCUGGAUGUAUAUAGUGCAGUGUAACGAAAGUGCCACUUUUAAUGUUUGGCUGGUAGGUUAAGACGUGUCACACCUUCUGACCUUGUUCAGAUAAAGAUUGCUUAUAUUUUCUAACAUGCUUCUGCUGUCUUCUGUGGCAGGUGUAAACGAGCACUAACAGACUGAUAAUUAUGCAGUGUGUCAAAGUUUGUCUGCUCUAGAUUGUUCUCUAUGAGGAAUUAUCCUCGGCUAGUUCCCUUCUGAAAUAUAGAUACAGAAAUGUGUUGUGUAUUCUUUGGGAGUGCUUUGUGAUUUGUAUAAUUUAAGCAAAACAUUGUGAGAUAUUGAAUUAAAUAUAUGUACUGUCCUUGAAUUUUAUGUUUGAACAUCUGGUCCCACUUUAUAUUAGGUGGCCUUAACUACUAUGCACUUACAUUUAAAUUAAUCAUUUGAUACAAUGCAAUUAUUGUGUACAUACAUGUUUUUACAUUGUACUUAUAUUUUUAAAAAUACCUAUGUGUAAUUACAUCUGUAAUUAAUUUCUGUAAUUAAAUUGAUAAUUACACUGUUACCUUACACCUUAACCCACCGUUAAACCUACCCAUACCACCAAAUCUGUCCCUAGCCUUACCCGUAUUCCACCUCAAUAGCAGCAAACGUGUUUUGCAAUACAGUAUGAACACAAUAAGUACAUUGUACUUAUUUUUUGAUGUAAGUACAUAGUAGUUAAGGCCACCUAAUAUAAAGUGUGACCCAACAUCUUUGUAAAUACAAUGGUUCUUCUAUCUGUACUGAUAUUAUAUGAUACAUCUCUAAAUAUAAAUAUCAAAUAAUUUAAAAAGCACACUAUGAGAUAAAAAAAAAAUGAAUGAGUACUUUUUUGUAAUAGAUACGUUUCCAAAUAAAUCACAAACAAAUCCAAAUAAAACAUACCAAAACAACAACAACAAAACAAUAUAUAUCCAAUAUAAAAGAGCAAAUGGUACUGGUUUUCUGCAGUAGAGAGGAUUGUGGGAAUUUAAGUUCUUUCCAUUUAAAACACAAUUAAAUGAUAAGGAAACAGGUUGUUAAAAUGCAGUGUAUUGGCUAAAACAUCACAAUACACCUUGGCCACCAUAGCCUUAAAUGAGGGAGAGAAAAUAUAAUACUGCGUGUGUGUGUGUGUGUGUGUGUGUGCGUGUGUGUUUGCAUGAGUAAGCACUUGUGCAUAACCAUUGAUUGUAUUGUUAGGCCAUUUUUGUAGCAAAUUGUCCUUUCCAGUGGCCAUUAUCUAAAUAUAAAUGUGGUUUAUACAUUUAUCAGUACUCAGUUAUGUUCAGUGCUACUUUGUACUUUGUAAAAGUUAUGUGAUACUGUCUUUCAGGUAUUUUUCCCCCCCAUGUCUGAAAUGUUCCAUGUUUUUUGUUGAUUUAUGUUGCUGUUUUUCCCAUUACUUACAUCUUUGAGAAUGACAAAUAGCAUCAGCAGAUGUAAGAUUGCAUUUAUUUUUUAAUUAUUAUUAUUUGUGAUUAGCUCUGAAGCAAACUAUAAUAUAUAGGGUUGUUUCUCAAAGGUUAAUACUUUGAAGUAAUAUUUUCUCACAGUGUUUCACUCAUUCAUCUCCAGCUAGUUGCUGUUGUGAUGAAUGGAUUUCAAAGGGCAAAUUUCUUGGCAGAGUUUUAAGUGGACGUACAUGCUUUGUGCAUUGAAUGAAAAUUCAGUGUUCUGAAUUGUUUGGACUACAUGAGGUUUGAACAGAAAACAAUUAAGUCAGUGUGCAGUGUAUAUUUAAUGACAAAGCCCAUUUUAGAUUAGCUGUUGCUCAGUGAUGUGAAGCUAAUUUUUUGUUGUAUAAAGACUAAUUAAAAGAAGAAUCUUUUAAGAUAAUAUGAAAACCAUAUUAAGUAGUUUGGCAUUAUCUUUCUUUUAUUAUUUAUUUAUUUUUAGAAAAAACAAAACAAAACACUGCUUAUUAACAUUUGAAAACAAUGGAAAAACUUUAGCUCAGUAAGUCUUUCAAAAUAUCAUAGUUUGACCUUUUAUAAAAAAAAAAAAAAAAAACAA